UCCCGGAGAUGCUGGUUUGUUCUGAUCGAUGACCAAAUGGGCCUACAAAGACCUCACACCAAAGGAGCCCAAACCUCAUCCCAACCCAACAUCAUCUGAGGGGAAUCUCAGGUCUCAGGAAAUCCACGGGGAGGGAGGAAGCCACAUGUUCUGUCCUGCAGUCACUGAGAAAGCUCAUUUUCAGAGAGCCACUUCUCAGGAACCUGACCGUUUCUACUAUGACUAUGACUCUGUUCGUAUCGUGGGACUUACUCUGGCUACUAUCAUGUUUGUGCUGGGCAUCCUCAUUAUACUCAGCAAGAAAGUGAAGUGUAGGAAGUCAGACUCCAGUCCGACCAUUAAAAACUCUCCAGGGGGAGCCGUGUAACAUGAGGAGGCGUGUCCAGCUCCGCUGCUGCCCCCAUCUCAAAGACCCUAGGGGUUAGGGAUGGAGAUGGCUGGGGCCCCCUGCUCCCAGCCCCCCCCCCCACACCAGUGAAUGUUCCCCUUCUAUAUGAGCUGCCUGUGCCCCAAACUGGACUCGUCACCCCACAGGGAGUGCCCAGGGCCCAGAGCAUUGAGCCCCCUUGGGGGCCAGGGCUGGCCCCCCUUCCCUGAGGCUUCUGCAAUAAAAUCCACUUCUAUUCCUCCUCAUGGACCCAGGCAUCCAGUCCCCUGGUCCCCUCCUAGGACCCAGACAUACACUUCUUGCCUUGCCUCCUUCCUAGAAUCCAGGCAUCCACUCCCUCAAUUCCUCCCCAAGAUCCCAGGUACCCAGACCAUCCCCUCACCCUCUGCUGCCCUCCUGGGACUCAGGCAUUUGAGCCCUGACCCCCUGUUUGUUACCUUCUGAGCUCAAUAAAUGUGGAUUCAGGGUUUUUUCCCUCUGGUC